AUGAAGCGCGCAUCGAAUUAUGCGCUAAAGUGCGCGUCGAAUUCCGCGGCUAAUUGUACGUCGAAUUGUUUAGAGCUGUGCGAAUCGCGCUGUAUGAAGCGUGUACCGACGCGGAAGCGCGUUUUGAAGCGCGCAUCGAAUUGUGCAACAAAGCGCGCGUUGAAUCCCGCGGCUGAUUGUACGUUGAAUUGCAUAGCGAAUUGCGCGUUUAGAGGUAUGCGAAUCGCGCUGUAUGAAGCGUGUACGGCAUUCAUUCCGACGCGGAAGCGCGGUUUGAAACGCGCAUCAAAUUAUGCGGUAAAGCGCGCGUUGAAUUCCGCGGCUAAUUGUACAUUGAAUUGUGCAUCGAAUUGCGCAUCUAGAGCUGUGUGA